AUGACGCCCGUCAGGCUCCCCUACGAUGCCGAGGACGGACCCAGCCCGGUGAAGAAGCGGCGCAUCGACCCGGCAAGUCCCAACCCUCCAGCCAGUCCCAACCCUCCAGCGAAGCCGAAGCCUCGUACCCCCGUCCGCAAGCCUAAGCCCAGUACCCCCAAGACGCCGAGGACGCAGGAGCCUGCUCAGACCCCCGCGCCGCCGUCGGCCGUUGACACGCACGGCUCAAACACUUCCGCCGCCUGGACGCGGCGCCACCAGAAUCGCUCGCUCUCCCUGCUGUACCGCCUCCAUCUAGCCACCGCCUUGGACAACCAUUGGGCCGUCGUCGACCCGCCCGCCCUCGGCUGCGUCCGCUGCAAACACCACCUCAGGCUCCCGUGUGUCAUCCAUAUCCGCCAGUUUGACGGCCAGGAGGCCACAUGCGUCGCGUGUGACGAAGAAAACGCCUACUGCUCGAUCGCGGCGAGCCCUGCCAGGGACCAGAACACGCUCGAGCACGAACUCCGCCGUGUACCUGCGAGCGUGUACGAGCGUAUCCGUGCGCGUGCGUCCGACGCCAUUGAUGCGGCGGCCAUCCAGUGGUGCUUCGACGAAGGGGUGUUCAUCCCGCCCCGGUUUCCUUGGAUGCAUAUCCACAGUAGGCUCGGCGCUGCUUUGGGUGCCGUCACUUCUGAACCAGGAAACUGA